AUGGUUAGAUUUGGAGACGAAGAGGAGUAUCUAUCAGCAUUAACAGGAGGCCCAUGGAAGGCGUUUGGUAGUUAUCUUAUGGUUCAAGCGUGGUCGCUGGAGUUUGAACCAAUGACGGAUGAGAUCACCACAACUCCGGUAUGGAUUCGCUUAUCCAAUCUGCCUGUCAACUUUUAUCAUCGUUCUAUUUUGUUGGGGCUUGCUCAAGGCCUCAGCAAGCCAAUAAGAGUGGACCAGACAACGCUCAAUGUGGAAAGGGCUAGGUUUGCUAGAGUCUGUGUGGAAGUAAACUUACGACAGCCGCUUAAGGGCUCGGUGAUGAUUAAUGGAGAACGGUACUACGUUUCAUACGAAGGACUUACAAAUAUUUGCUCUGGAUGUGGAAUCUACGGUCAUCUGGUCCAUUCAUGUCCGAGAAGGAUAUCUCCGACAACGCAAGCGGUGGAGUCGACGAGGGAGAUGAGUCUGGUCAGAAGCGUAGACUCGGAAGAAGAGAGUUUUACAACGGUGAGAAAGCCACGGCAGGCUGGCGGAGGCGCGCAACGGCAUGCGGGAAAUGGAGUUGGGAACGCCGGCGAGGAUCACGGCCGUUUAUUGAAGGAGAUUCCCCAGAAUCAGAAUUUAGGAAAUGUUUUCUUAUCUAAUGCCUUUGAACGAUUGAGGGAGGAUACGGAUCUGAUUGAUAAGGAAGUGGUGGAGGAAGCAAACAAGGAAAAUAGCAUUCAGUUGGCAAGAUCAACAAAUGGAAAUGAGAAUAUUUGGAUGAAUGAGGCCAGAGUGGGCGGGAAAGAUGGAGGCUUGAAUCGGGCUAGUAAAAGAGCUGGGAAAGGACGUCGUGCUGGACCCACUAAGGGCGUAUCCACUAAUGGGCCGCUAAGAAAAACUAGAAACAGUCAACCCACAAGAGGCCUAAUCUUUGGCCCAACUAGUCGCGAGCCGGAAUUGUCAGCAUCGGAUAAACGACUGAGGGUUGAGCGCGUGGAGAGGGGGGAUCGGAAAUUUGUUUCACGGAGGCGAGCAAAAAUGAGGGAUCGAUGGCGAUGGUGGUCGGAGAUGACAAAGAUUGACAGAUCCAAUCGGAAUCCAUGGUCGACGAGGUCGGGCUACAGAGCAAUCAGGUUGAGGACGCUUCUCCGCAUAGCGGCGAGAAGGAUUUGGGAACAACGUAACUCGUCUCCCUGGUUAAUACGUUACAUCUUGAAGAAGUGGUCGACGGAUUUGUUAGCGAUUUUUGAGACGCAUGCUGGUGGAGAUCGAGCAAGCAGAAUUUGCAGGGGUUUGGGUUUUGAGAACUCAUACAGAGUUGACGCAGUCGGACAAAGCGGGUGUAUUUGGCUCCUCUGGAGGACUGAUAUAGGAGAUGUGGUGGUGGAAGAUGCGUCAGAUCAGUUCAUUCAUGCAAAGAUCACGAAUGGUGUGGAGGUAUUACAUGUUGUCAUUGUCUAUGUGGCGCGCUCGACGAGCAAAAGGAGCGGUUUAUGGGACCAACUACGGAGUAUUAUCGGUGGGAUUGAUGGUCCAUGA